AUGGCAGAACCACGUAUGCCCCGGCCGGCGACUUCGCCAACCCGUGACAAGUCACAUUCACCGUACAGAGAGUCGCCUUCCCGCCGAUUGAGGGACGUCGAAACAGGUUACAACCCACCACAAAAUCCCCCAUACCCGCCGCAGCGAAACGGCACUGAGCCGUAUCCUCCCUCACCCAGCUCAAGGACGGCAGACUGGGAGCCGAUCAUGUCUAAUCCCAAUCCCAUGAGCCAAAGCGACCUCGGUCGAAAGAAGUCUCUCAUUCGUCCCGAACGCAACCGUAUUGACCGGGACCAUCCCAAUUACUACUACCGCAAACAUGCCGCAAACAUGGAAGUCCUUCCUUCCACCACCGGCAAUGACCCCGUGGUAGAGGAUCUGGCCGAGCACCGCACCGUGAGCUCGGGAAGCACCCAGCAAGACACCUCUAUCGAGGAGGAAGUUGUCGGCAAUCCGCAAAAGUCACGUAUGCCUGGGAAAUUGGAGCCUGUGGGUAAAAAGAAAGCGCCUCGCAAGCUGGUCAGAAAGGAUACGCGAAACUUGACUGAAGAAGAAAAGAGGAGACAGAAGGAACUUGACAAGAUCAAGCCUCCAAGUAUUUGGAACAUCUACUGUGCGGUGGUCACAUUCUGGGCUCCAGAUUGUCUCCUACAAUGCUUCGGUAUGCCUGCGAGGGCACAGCGGAGGGCAUGGAGAGAAAAGGUUGGGCUGAUCAGCAUCAUCCUUCUUAUCGCCGCCUUUGUCGGUUUCCUGACCUUUGGCUUCACACAAGCUGUUUGUGCAGCCCCGGGUCUGCGGCUCAAAAUCAACCAUGUCGACCGAGGCUAUAUGAUCUUUCAUGGUGGUGCUUACAAUCUGGACGGAUCCAUGCAUCCAGCUGCCCGUGGUAUUCCUUUGGACGCCAACGUGCUCUAUGACCUGCCCCACAAGUACGGUGGCCAGGACGGAAGUUUUAUGUUCCAAAAGGUCAAUGGCGCUUGCAAAGGUCUUAUCACGCUAGCUGAAGGGUCUGAUGUCCCUACCAAUUCCGACGGAGACCUGGCGUGGUAUUUUCCUUGCACGGCAUUCAACCAGGAUGGUUCGUCUGAGGUCAACCUGACCAGCCCAUACUAUCUUGGCUAUGCUUGUCAUACCACCGCUAAAGCAAGGAAUACGUUCUACAGCCUUAAGAAGGCCGGCGACGUGUAUUUUACGUGGGAUGACAUCAAGAACAAAAGCCGAAACCUUGCGGUGUAUUCCGGCUCUGUCGUGGAUCUGGAUCUCUUGAAAUGGUUCAACAAGAGUCAGGUCGCAUGGCCUCAGCAGUUUGACGACUUGCGAGAGAAUGGGCGGGUCCGUGGCAUGGACCUCACGCAUGUCUUGCAGUCGGCAACCGACAAACAGGUCGGUCGAUGUCUCACCCAGAUUGCGAAGGUCGGCUCCAUCGACACGGAGAGUGUUGGGUGUAUCGCAUCGAAGGUUGUGCUGUACGUCUCAUUGGUUUUCAUCCUCGCCAUUGUCGCUGCCAAAUUCUUCCUCGCUUUGGCGUUCCAGUGGUUCCUCGCUCGGCGCUUUGCGGCGGCCAAAACUUCUCAGACGUCUGAUCCGAAGAAACGAGCCAAACAAAUCGAAGACUGGACCGACGAUAUCUACAAGCCUGCGCCGAAAAUCACGGACCCUGCAAGUACGGUUACCGGAUCUGACGGACGAACCAGCAAACGUGGCAGCAUGUUUCUCCCUCAGACAUCUCGUUUCACCAGUCCGUAUGCCGUCGAUCGAAGAAGCAGUCGACCUCCUCCAACCACGAUGACGAGUCAAUCAUCCAAUGCGAAAUUGCUGCCUGGCGGCAACCCGUACAAAUCCGGUUUUAACAGCAGUCAGAAUACUCUUGACCUGCACUCCAGGAUGAGUGUUGGUGCUAGUAGAUCCAGCUUACUCCUGUCCGGGCAGGAAACUAGGUAUUCGGCCGUCAUGGACAAUCUGGAUCCGAAUGGCCCUGUGGGUUUCAUUCACGAAAACGUGGUUCCCCAACCACCUCCAGAGUGGCAACCUUUUGGAUAUCCCCUCGCUCAUGUCAUCUGUUUGGUCACGGCCUACUCGGAGGGUGAAGACGGGAUUCGCACCACGCUGGAUUCGAUCGCCACUACAGAUUACCCGAACAGCCACAAAGCCAUUCUUGUUGUCUGUGACGGUAUGAUCAAAGGAAAAGGCGAAGCUCAAUCCACCCCAGACAUUGUUCUCGGCAUGAUGGGCGAUUUUGUGAUCGCUCCCGAGGACGUCCAGGCUUUCUCGUACGUGGCUGUGUCAAGCGGUGCCAAGCGGCACAACAUGGCCAAAGUGUAUGCCGGAUUCUACGACUAUGGCCCAAAGUCCAGAAUCGACCCGACCAAGCAACAACGAGUGCCCAUGAUGGUGGUUGUCAAAUGCGGAACUCCAGACGAGGCCACCAAGAGCAAACCCGGCAACCGAGGUAAACGUGACAGUCAGAUCAUUCUGAUGUCCUUCUUGCAGAAGGUCAUGUUCGACGAAAGAAUGACCGAACUGGAAUACGAAAUGUUCAACGGUCUGUGGAAGGUGACAGGCAUGUCGCCCGAUUUUUACGAGAUGGUGCUCAUGGUGGACGCCGAUACGAAAGUCUUCCCGGACAGUUUGACUCAUAUGGUAUCGGCCAUGGUCAAAGAUCCCGAGAUCAUGGGUCUCUGUGGCGAAACCAAGAUUGCCAACAAGAACGCUUCUUGGGUGUCACGGAUCCAGGUGUUUGAGUACUUUAUUUCUCAUCACCUGUCGAAAUCUUUUGAGUCCGUCUUUGGCGGUGUCACUUGUCUUCCUGGUUGCUUCUGCAUGUACCGGAUCAAGUCGCCCAAAGGUGGUCAGAACUACUGGGUUCCCAUCCUGGCCAAUCCCGACAUUGUUGAGCAUUACUCGGAGAAUGUGGUCGACACUCUUCAUAAGAAGAAUCUGCUGCUUCUGGGCGAGGAUCGAUAUCUGUCCACUCUGAUGCUGAAGACGUUCCCUAAAAGAAAACAAGUCUUCGUGCCUCAGGCAGUGUGUAAGACCACCGUGCCCGACGAAUUCAAGGUUCUUCUGUCUCAACGUCGACGAUGGAUCAACAGUACGGUGCACAACCUGAUGGAACUCGUGCUGGUGCGGGAUCUUUGCGGGACCUUCUGCUUCAGCAUGCAGUUUGUGGUGUUUAUCGAACUGAUUGGCACUCUGGUUCUCCCCGCCGCCAUUUCGUUUACUUUCUAUCUCAUCAUCAUCUCGAUCGUCAAGAAACCGGUUCCGGUCAUCCCAUUGGUCCUGUUGGCCCUCAUUCUUGGACUUCCCGCGAUUUUGAUCGUCUUGACCGCUCACCGUUGGUCGUACAUUCUUUGGAUGGGCAUCUACCUCCUGUCAUUACCUAUCUGGAACUUUGUUCUUCCAGCUUAUGCGUUCUGGAAGUUUGAUGAUUUCAGUUGGGGUGAGACUCGAAAGACGGCUGGGGAGAAGACUAAGAAGGCCGGUUUGGAAUAUGAAGGAGAAUUCGACAGUAGCAAGAUCACCAUGAAACGAUGGGGAGAUUUUGAAAGAGAACGGCGAGCUCAGGCGAACGGAAGUGUUUGGAACCAGCAACCUCCUACGCGUCCACCGAGCGGUUACGGUUCUAUGCAUGGGUUCGAACCCUACCGUGACUAUUGA